AUGUUCCGCCGUCGCCCAGAUACUCUCCCCCCAGACCCCGUCUUUGAGCCAGAGCUGAAGAAGUUGGGCUUCUUCAUCAAUGAACACGAUCAGAUCCGCAUGAUCAAGAACCGCGAAGCGAAAUAUUCCUUCUCUAUCAACAAGAAUGACAGGGUGAAUUACGCCUACAGGGAGGCCAGCAACGCUGCAAUAUACGCGAUCGUGCGAGAGCGGCUGGAGAAACGAGAUUUCGACAUGGUGAGGUUGCCACUAGGAGCCACCAAAGAUGAAAAACACAUUCCCAUCGUCGUGUCCAAGAGCAUCGCGAGCCGGGACAGGGUGAUAGUGUUGUUUGGCGAGCGCAGUUUGCCUCCGGGCAUUCUCUCAUGGCGGAUCCUUGGAGACGAAGGAAUCAACGUUGGUUCGGUAGUCGACUUUGUCACUUCAGCUGUGACUGGACCAAGUCCUUCGCCUGAGCAUUCUGCUCCCGGGAUCAUCAUUGCGAAUCCGUCGCAGUUGCUUUGGUACAGAGGGGGAGGACGGGCCGUGAGCGAUUCCGAGUGGCUACACUUGCCACGAGCGACCGCGGUGAGCGAGCCGAUGAAGUUUGACCCGGUCAAGAAUCGAGUUCCUGGAAACGAAACUUUCGAGGCUCACGUACAGUUCAUGUUUGAGGAGGUGCUAUCGAAGUUGGUCCACAAGGAUGCGAGCAUUGACAUUGUGGGCGCCGAGUUUCCGGGAAGCGCCGUUGUCGACUAUCUUGCCUCUCACUGGGAUAAGUGGUCGAAGAGAAUUACCGGCAUCGCGCUGGUGGCUCCACAGCACAAGAUCCAGGACCUUAUAGCCACAGAUGCACCGGCCGACUUCGUGAACUUCUUGUCUUUGAGGGCCAGGGCGUAUUUUGUAUCUCCUCAGAAGCUGGAGAGGCCAAUGGCUGGGCGGAAGGAAUUUGGAUGCAAUUGCUACGCCAGCGGAGAAGAGUUCUACCAAGAGAAUGCAAUAGUGAGAAGUUGGAAGAGUAUCCUAGACUGGUUCAACCGGUUGUAUGCUGAUCCAGACUUCGAAGAGGUUCCAUUCGAUGGUGACGAUGGUGGCGAAGGAGCAGAAGAAGUAAAACUGGGAUGGUGA